CGGUGGACAUAAUUUUUGGCUAUAAAGCCACUUCCACCAUUUAACUCAUCACUCACCAUUUCUCUCUCUCUCUCUCAAUCACCAUCUCACCAACUUUUUCCUAGUUGUCUUUCCCAAGUCUCGAAGAUGCCUUCAGCUGAAUCACCAUCACCUUCUUCCCAAACCAUAUGCGUCACCGGCGCUGGUGGCUUCAUCGCCUCUUGGAUGGUCAAACUUCUCUUGGAGAAAGGCUACACUGUCCGAGGAACCCUUAGAAACCCAGAUGAUCCGAAGAACGGCCACUUGAAGGAGUUUGAAGGAGCUUCGGAGAGGCUAACUCUGCAUAAGGUUGAUCUUCUUGACCUUAACUCCGUUGAACAAGUCAUCAACGGUUGUCAUGGUGUCUUUCACACAGCUUCUCCCGUAACUGAUAACCCCGAAGAAAUGGUGGAGCCAGCGGUGAAUGGAGCGCAGAAUGUGAUAGUUGCAGCUGCAGAAGCAAAAGUGCGACGUGUGGUGUUCACCUCAUCAAUUGGCGCUGUCUAUAUGGACCCCAGUAGGAGUAUGGAUGUGGUGGUUGAUGAGUCUUGUUGGAGUGAUUUAGAAUAUUGCAAAAACACCAAGAACUGGUAUUGCUACGGGAAAGCUGUGGCUGAACAAGCAGCAUGGGAUACAGCAAAAGAGAAAGGGGUGGACUUGGUUGUAGUGAACCCAGUUUUGGUUCUUGGACCAUUACUACAACCCACCAUCAAUGCUAGCACAAUUCACAUCCUUAAGUACCUCACUGGUUCUGCUAAGACAUAUGCAAAUGCCACACAAGCUUAUGUGCAUGUUAAGGAUGUAGCAUUAGCCCACAUACUUGUUUAUGAGAAGCCUUCUGCUUCUGGUCGUUACAUAUGUGCUGAAAGUUCGCUGCACCGUGGAGAGCUAGUUGAAAUUCUUGCCAAGCAUUUCCCAGGGUAUCCAAUUCCUUCCAAGUGUUCAGAUGAAAAGAAUCCAAGAGCAAAACCCUAUACCUUUUCAAAUCAAAAGCUGAAAGAUUUGGGAUUAGAAUUCACUCCAGUGAGUCAGUGUUUAUAUGAAACCGUUAGGAGCCUUCAGGAGAAAGGCCACCUUGCUGUUCCUCCAAAGCAAGAAGAUUCUACUACAGUGAAAUCUUAAACAAGUUACCCUUUUCUUAUUUACUUUGUCAAAAAGCUUAAUCCAGGAGAAGCAGCUUCAGCUUUUAGCAAUCUGAGGUCAUGUUAUAUUAUAGCGAUUACUACAAUAGAAAAAAGACACCUGCAAAUUGUUGCCGUGUCUGAACCUAAUAAUAUUGGAUUUUCUUAACAUUUUCCCAUGCAAUAACCUCCAUCCUCUAGUCCACCAGGAUGGGGGAAAAGGGUAGUUGGUGGAACAAUAUGAUUGUCACUUGGUAUCGGGUACAUUAUAGAAACAAUUCAUUACAAAAAUUACGAGCUUAAUGCACUUUCGAUCUUUUAAU